AUGUCUCACGAAUCAGUCCACUAUUCACGACCUCGUACCUACGGCAAAGGCUCUCGCGGCUGUCGGGUGAACGGCGAUAAAAAGCAUUCCGGUAUCAUUCGAAAAUACGGCUUGAACAUGUCGCGACAGGCUUUCAGAGAAAAAGCAGAGCAGAUUGGCUUCAAGAAGGUGAGGGCUUGCAUCUGCCGUGUAUGUGUGGAUCGUAGAAGCAAGAGACUGACCGUGGGUGCCUUUCGACAGUAUCGGUAA